AUGUUUCAAGAUGAUGGGUCAUCAUCUGUGACUUCAACACCCGUCCAAACCUUCCCAUCAAUGUCAAUCUCACCUCUCACAGGAUCGCCAUAUCCAUGGCUCAAAGAACUCAAAUCAGAAGAACGAGGUUUAUGUCUAAUCCAUCUACUCCUCACUUGCGCAAAACACGUAGCUUCAGGAAACUUCGAACAUGCCAACAUCGCUCUCGACCAAAUCUCCCAUCUCUCCUCCCCAGAAGGCGACACAAUGCAAAGAAUCGCCUCAUAUUUCGCAGAAGCACUCGCGAAUCGAAUCCUCAAAACAUGGCCAGGAAUCUACAAAGCUCUUCAUUCCACCAAAAUCCCAUUCGCAUCCGAGAACAUUUUGGUUCGAAAAAUGUUCUUCGAAUACUUCCCUUAUCUAAAAGUAGCAUUCGUUAUCACUAACCAAGUGAUAAUCGAAGCUAUGGAGGGCGAAAAGAUCGUUCACGUGAUCGAUCUUAACUCCUCCGAGCCCACUCAGUGGCGUGCACUCUUACGUGACCUGAGCGCACGGCCUGAGGGCCCACCACAUCUACGCAUCACCGGGGUCCACCAACAAAAAGAAGUUCUAGACCAAAUGGCGCGUAUUUUAAUCGAAGAAGCCGAAAAACUCGACAUCCCAUUUCAAUUCAACCCCAUUUUGAGCAAAAUCGAGAAUCUUGAUUUCGAGAAAUUGAAUGUGAAAACGGGUGAAGCUUUAGCGAUUAGCUCGGUUCUUCAACUCCAUUCAUUAUUAGCACCCGAGGAAGUAACACUAACAACCAAGGACACAAACGGAAUUUCACAAAAGGAUUUGGGAAACGGGUAUAGCCCGAGUCAAGACACGGCUUCAUCUUCACCUUUUUUGAGCUCAAAAAUCGACUCGUUUUUAAAUAGUUUACGUGGGUUAUCACCAAAAGUCAUGAUUGUAGCCGAACAAGAUUCGAAUCACAACAAAUCGUCUCUCAUGGAGAGGCUAUCAGAAUCUUUAUACUUUUAUGCGGCUUUGUUUGAUUGUUUGGAGUCUACAUUACCAAGAACAUCAAUGGAGAGAUUGAAAGUUGAAAAGAUGUUGUUUGGAGAAGAGAUCAAGAAUAUUAUAGCAUGUGAAGGUAGUGAGAGAAAAGAGAGACAUGAAAAGCUUGAUAAAUGGGUUCAAAGGCUUGAUUUGAGUGGAUUUGGGUGUGUGCCUUUGAGUUAUUAUGCUUUGUUGCAAGCUAGAAGAUUGGUUCAAGGGUAUAGUUGUGAUGGGUGUCGGAUUAAAGAAGAGAAUGGGUGUGUGGUUAUGUGUUGGCAAGAUAGGCCACUUUUUUCGGUUUCUGCGUGGAAGUGUAGAAGGUGA